UAACCAGCCCUGCCCUCAGAUGGCCGUGCUGGUGACCCAGGCCAACGGGGACACCCGGGUCACCGAGGAGGCCAUCGCGCGGGCCAGGCACUCCCUGAGCGACCCCAACAUGCGGGAGUUCAUCCUCUCCUGCCUGGCGCGGGACCCCGCCCACAGGCCCUCUGCCCACAACCUCCUCUUCCACCGUGUGCUCUUCGAGGUGCACUCGCUGAAGCUCCUGGCAGCUCACUGCUUCAUCCAGCACCAGUGCCGCUGCCCCGGGCCUCGCUUCUCCAUCUGGCUGGCCCUACUCCGUCCUGCCCCCCAGGCCAGGCGGGCUGGCCAGCCGCCUUCAUGUGCUUUUCACGCCCGUGCCAGGUACUCGGAGGUCUCCUGCAUGGAGCUGGACAAAUUCCUAGAGGACGUCAGAAACGGGAUCUACCCUCUGAUGAACUUUGCUGCUGCUCGGCCCCUGGGGCUGCCCCGCGUGCUAGCCCCGCCCCCAGAGGAGGCCCAGAAGGCCAAGACCCCCACGCCAGAGCCCUUUGACUCAGAGACCAGAAAGGUGAUCCAGAUGCAGUGUAACCUGGAGAGGAGCGAGGACAAGUGCCGACCUCCUGCCCUGCAGGACGACCGGACCAAGCUGGCCGCCUUCCUGGAAAGCACCUUCCUCAAGUACCGCGGAGCCCAGUGACGCACGGGGAUUCAGGGCGCCAGGCCUGGGACCAGGGGCUGAGCACCCGCGGCCUGGACGAGGGCCCUCCCUCCUGAGAGACCCUGGCCGUGGGGAG